AUGAGCAAUGUGCUCUGGGUUGCAUGGCGGAUACCAUGUGCGGGACUGCGAAGUUCCGGCGUGUCGCCGCCAGCUGAAUUGUUCCGUCAACAGCCUCAUAUUCUCCGCAUGACGCCAUGGAAGACGUGCGCCAGUCCGGCCCGCCGAUUUCUCAAUUUGCGACAUGGCACACCACUGGCAAGAAAUUGGGCCACCCGAAAUGCGAAACACAAUUUGAAUGACUCUCAAAAUUACCAUCAACGCAGGACGAAGAGGACAACCGCCGCCACCCGGUCCCCCACGAGGUCCGCCGCCGAAAGCUUUCCAGGCGGAAAGCCACGCUCGGAGAAGCAGAUACGAAAUAUCUUUGCGUCGGACACUAUCUCUGCCGGCCUUGGAAACAGGACACUGGCGGUCCUUCAGGCUCGCCGGGUGCAAGGCACUUUGGAUCUCGAUCUUCCAAUCGACAUCACUCGCUCAGUAUCCCAACCCCAACUGGAUGCCGCCCUAGAAUGGUUACGUCAAAACUUUCCGUUAGAUGAGGACGCAGCGAUCCUCGCUCGCAUUGAACGAGAGGAGUAUGAGGCGGAACAAAAGCUUGUACGGCGAGCUGAAGAGCUGGGUCUGUAUAAGCCGCAGAGCGGAUCCUACGACGCAGAACUUGGUGAAAACAAAUCUGUCUACGGAAAGAGUGUUUUGAAAGAAGUACGAGAGAAGAAUGAGAAACGGCUUCUGGCUGAAAAAGAGCGCAAGCGCCAGCAGUGGCUGGAAGGCGAACAGCUGGAGCUGGAGCAAUUGCAGCGUCAAGUUCAAGGCAACACGGCGUUGCAGAAAUAUCAAGAAGCUGGACUUACAGAAGCCCGACCUCGUGCGGACCCGAACGAACGCCCAUACCUGGCUUGGGUACAAAAACACCACAUUGCGGCGACCCAAAUGCCAGCCGAUUCGGCUGACCUCACCACUGCUCAACGCCUUCUCUUGCCUUCACUCUUCGCAUUGGCUACGCUGGGGCUCUGUUAUCUGUUUGCUCAGAACUAUGAGGCUCCGGCCCGACAAGAUCGCAUGUGGCCGGAUGUUCCUCCAGCUGCAGCUACGGUGGGAGCCAUCAUCGGAGCCAACAUUGCAGUGACCUUGAUGUGGAAAUACGUCCCACCGGCCUGGAAAUUGCUGAACCGCUACUUUGUGAUUGUUCCGUUUUAUCCCCGAGCUUUGGGUAUUCUGGGCAGCACUUUCAGCCAUCAGACAUGGAGGCACCUGGCCACAAACAUGAUGGUUCUUGGUCUUAUGGGAACCAGAGUUCAUGAUGAGCUCGGUCGUGGAAACUUCUUAGCAAUCUAUGUUGCUUCGGGUGCCAUUGGCUCAAUGGUCUCAUUGUCCCGCAGCGUCCUCUUGGGUCAUCUCGGUAUGACAUCGCUAGGCGCUAGUGCUGCAACGAGCGGUAUUGUUGCCGCGUGGUGCAUGUAUCACUUUGAUGACAAAAUUACCAUGUGGAUUCUUCCACGUGAGCUCCGCGAGACGAUCUGGACCCAAGGCUGGAUUUUCCUAGCUUGCCUGAUUGCUACGGAGGUUUUCAGCAUGGUGACUCCUGCGCGCUUUUUGCGAGUCUGGCCUCUGUCCCGCCUCACCAAGAUGGAUCAUGCGGCUCAUCUGGGUGGCUACUUGACCGGUGCAGGUUGCGGCUACGCAUUGAUUCAACAACGACGAGCUCGUGAACAGCGAAGAGCCCGUGAUUCCGGCUGGUUUGACAAGUUCGGCCGCUAA